CAAACACCCUGCCACAUUGGACCAAUUCCGCUGAGGCAUAACUGAUCGUCGUUUGUUGAAAAGAAAGCAGUGAAUAUAAGUCCCACUGAACACACACUAUAAUAGCACAUUAAUCCGCAAGCUCUUCUUUAUAUCAGCUAAGUAAACAAAUAAUAGAUUCGCAAAUUACCGUUUGCGAGCAAUUAUGGUAAUAAAAGUGAAUAAGUGUUCAUUUGGGCUCGACUUGAUAUUUUCGACAACAUUUCAUUUUGUUUUGCAUGGAUGAUACUAUACAACAUCCUCUUAUCUAUAAUUAAACAGAUGUCACUUACGAUAUGAAAUGAAGCAACAUACAACAUGGAUGAUUGCAUUUAUCAUUCGACAAUGAACGAGCGAAAACCAACUAUUUCUUUACAGCUUUAUUUUGCAGUUUUGGUCUGGUCUUCUGAUGUCAUCAGAGUCUGUGAAUGUGUCACUAUAGAAAAGUGCAUCAAGGAUAAAGAGAAAGCAGUAUCAGAAACGUAUCUUACUGGUAUUCUAACUGGAAUUGCGAUAGGUAUUGCCAUAAUAAUAGUGCCGCUACUAGGGUACUUGGUUUACCGCAAAAGAACCCAUCGAAAUAGCACAGCUCAGGACGACGAAGAGUCAGUGUCUAGAGUUGACGGAGCUGUGACUAGACGACCCAGUAUUUGUUUGAUAAAUGGAACGAGUGAAAAAAGCAAUGCAAAAGCAAUUGACCGUAAGCAAAAUGAGAUAAAUUGCUGUGCAUUGGAUAAAAGCUUCGCCAAUGGCAGGGAGGAGCUCUUUCUUAGGCGGUCAGCACAUGGAACCUUGAAGAAAGCAAUUAAGCGUAGUUCUCGAUGGAUUAUUUCAAGGGGCCUAAAAAAUAAUGUAGAGGUGCAAAAACUUAAAAAUGCACCACCUGAAGAAACAAGGGAACAUGAAGAAAGAGAAUUCAGGGCAAAAAUUCAUACUAACAAUAAAGAAGAUGAGCUUUUAAAGAAUCAAGACCAAUGGAACAGCUCUCCUGUCCAACCCAGAUCUGGAUAUGAAUGGCCAAAUGUGGAUAUUAGUGAUUCGCACAAAAUGGAAAGAAAAGAAUUCACUAAAAAGCAAGCAACAUCGAAACAUAGAAGUUAUAGUAUGGACAUGGGGACAGCGAAGAGUUGUGGAGUCUCAGAACAGCAAUGGAAAUUGAAUAUUGACGCCAUGAGAAGCGCAAGAAGACCUCGCUCUCAAACUGAGGUCGGAAAUGAUUUCAAGAAGAGAGCCUUUAUGCCCUCCAAAAGCAGAGAAUUCACUGUAGAAGGAAGCCGACAGGAUAACUUGAAUUGGGCUACUGUUUAUGGUCGAAGGGUUUCUUCACCAUUGUCAGCUACAGAAAAUCCCUUGAACACUGAAGAAUUGAUGGAAUCUAUCAGUGACAUUAAUGAUACGGCUCUGGGGCAGCAGACAGAAGGUUUGCCUUCCUAUUAUCUUCCCACGGGCACUGUGAACCCAGUACCAGCAUUCUCAAGACGACGUAGGAAGUUCAAUUCAUUCCCGCGUUUGUCAAAAACAAAAGGACAAAUGAAGGGGAAUCUGCUGCAGAAAGACAUUCUGGGCAUCAGACAUCAGGAUGAAACCGACCCCGUUCCGAUACCGAGACAACGGAGGGGAACAGAACAGCUUGAAAGGUUACGCAUAAACCUCGAGCGAUUGUCUAGAAACAUUGAAAUGACUAGUAAUCAAUGAAAGUGUGUAGAGGUAGUGACAAAACGCCCCUUUACCCAGCAUGCUAUGGGGGAAGCAUCAUAGGAUCGAUCGUACUGCACGAGGGAAAGGACCGAACACAUACGAUUGGAAUCUGGAGACCAUUUGAAUCUGCCUUUAUUGCUUAAAUUGUAUUGCAUAUUUCUUGCAGUUUUUGCCUUUAAAGCGUCUCGGAAGCAAAUGGAUUUUAACGUUAAAGCUGAAGGUGAAAUAUUGGAAUUAGGGAAAUUUACAACCCUAUCUACAAAUCUCUCGCAUCCUAUGCUCCAAAGAGUUCAUUGAAACGCCUGUUAUGGUUUUUAAGAUCAUAUUCGAAAAUCUAAAUUUCCAUAUUCCGCGUUUUGGUAGUGGCGCUGCACGUUUUACUGGUUGUACUAUGCAUUUUGAAUAGUGUUGGAUGUGGAAAUUCAUUAAAGUAAAACCUUGGUUCACAUUUUCGAACAAUGUUUUUCAUCAGCUGUUUCCUUCCACGGGUUUUAAAAGUUUUAACUAUACUUGCGAAUAGUGGUGUACACAGCUCCCAAAAAGAGAGGGGCCUUAUAAAAAUUAGCUGCUAAAAGCAAUGUUUAAUUUGGAGUCGCUCCAGAGGGUUCCAUGUGAAGUCGCAUAAUGCGACAGGUUCAAUCGCGCCAACUACAUUCUGCUGCACUCAAUAAAGUUAGUCGAAUUUAAUCAAGUUAAGCGUCGCUGUGAAAUUUUUUACUCUGAGAAGUUUUUUCAAAGCUUUUAAAAACGCAUUCACAUUAAAAAACAAGAGUCUUGUAUUAUUUAAUUAUUUUAUCUGACUGUAUUUUAAAAAGCAAAAGGCAAUAUGAUUUCUUCAAUUUUCUCAAUUCUUGUUUGUUUUUACAACCUUCUUCCAGCCAGUGAGAUUAGGGCCGUGAUGUUUUUACGACACCACUAGUUGUGAAAACAAUGCGUUGAGAAGAUAGGUUGGCGACGGAGAAAUGGCUCAAGGUCCAGUUAAAAUUGGAACGCUUUAGAAUCUACAUUGCUGUUUAACAUUCCUGUUGUUUUUGCAAUGGAAUCAAGCUACUCUUGAGCUUCUUUUGUAGUACAUCGCUCUCUUGAUGUUAAUAAAACGUUUGUAUGAUCUUUACCACACGAAAAAGGACAUGAACUGGAAGCCUACAUAUCG